GCCGCGGCAACGCUGAGGAUUCCUUUACAAAGGAACUCAGAAGGCAGGAAAGAAAGAAUUUCAUCGCUGGGACGCCCUAGAAAUUACGGUCUUUUGGGGAAAGCGCUAGAAAAGAGGAUCCAAACUUGUAGCACAUUGACGACUUUUCCGCGCUGAUCUCCUUCCACCUCGGUAUUUUCCCUUGGAUAUUAACUUGCAAAUCUGAAGAAAUGGCAUUCCAGGCAGUUUGCCUCUUGGUUGGAGUAUUUGUUUGUUCUACCUAUGUGAAAGGAUCGUCUCAGCCCCAAGCAAGAGUUUACUUAACAUUUGAUGAGCUUCGAGAAACCAAGACAUCUGAAUACUUCAGCCUAUCCCAGCACCCUUUAGACUACAGGAUAUUAUUAAUGGAUGAAGAUCAGGACCGGAUGUACGUGGGCAGCAAAGAUCACAUUCUUUCCUUGAAUAUUAACAACAUAAGUCAAGAACCUUUGAGUGUUUUCUGGCCAGCAUCUGCAAUCAAAGUCGAAGAGUGCAAAAUGGCUGGCAAAGAUCCCACACAUGGCUGCGGGAACUUUGUCCGUGUAAUUCAGGCUUUCAACCGCACGCAUUUGUAUGUUUGUGGGAGUGGUGCUUUCAGCCCAGUCUGUGCUUAUUUGAACAGAGGGAGGAGAUCAGAGGACCAAGUUUUCAUGAUUGACUCCAAGUGUGAAUCUGGAAAAGGACGCUGCUCUUUCAACCCCAAUGUGAACACAGUGUCUGUUAUGAUCAAUGAAGAGCUUUUCUCUGGAAUGUAUAUAGAUUUCAUGGGGACAGAUGCAGCUAUUUUUCGAAGUUUAACCAAGAGGAAUGCAGUCAGAACUGAUCAACACAAUUCCAAAUGGCUAAGUGAACCUAUGUUUGUGGAUGCACAUGUCAUACCAGAUGGCACUGAUCCAAACGAUGCUAAGGUGUAUUUCUUCUUCAAAGAGAAGCUGGCUGACAAUAGCAGGAGUACGAAACAGAUUCAUUCCAUGAUUGCUAGAAUAUGUCCGAAUGACACCGGUGGACUGCGUAGCCUUGUCAACAAGUGGACUACUUUCCUAAAGGCGAGGCUGGUGUGCUCAGUAACUGAUGAAGAUGGCCCAGAGACACACUUUGAUGAAUUAGAGGAUGUAUUUCUGCUGGAAAUGGAUAACCCAAGGACAACGCUAGUGUAUGGCAUUUUUACAACAUCAAGCUCAGUUUUUAAAGGAUCAGCAGUAUGUGUGUAUCAUUUCUCUGAUAUACAGACUGUGUUUAAUGGGCCUUUUGCACACAAAGAAGGGCCCAAUCAUCAGCUGAUUUCCUAUCAGGGGAGAAUUCCGUAUCCUCGCCCUGGAACUUGCCCAGGAGGAGCAUUUACACCCAAUAUGCGAACCACGAAGGAGUUCCCAGAUGAUGUUGUCACUUUUAUUCGAAACCACCCCCUCAUGUACAAUUCCAUCUACCCAGUACAUAGAAGGCCUUUGAUUGUUCGUAUAGGCACCGACUAUAAGUACACAAAAAUAGCUGUGGACCGAGUGAAUGCUGCUGAUGGUACAUACAACGUCCUGUUUCUUGGAACAGAUCGGGGUACUGUGCAGAAGGUGGUUGUUCUUCCUACUAACAGCUCUGCUCGCAGUGAGCUCAUUCUGGAGGAGUUGGAAGUCUUUAAGAAUCAUGCUCCUAUAACAACAAUGAAGAUUUCAUCCAAAAAGCAACAGCUGUAUGUGAGCUCCAAUGAAGGACUUGCCCAAGUGUCUCUGCAUCGCUGCCACAUCUACGGGUCAGCCUGCGCUGACUGCUGCCUGGCAAGGGAUCCCUACUGUGCCUGGGAUGGCCAUUCUUGCUCUAGGUUCUAUCCAACCGGAAAGCGGAGGAGCCGAAGACAAGAUGUGAGACAUGGAAAUCCACUGACUCAAUGCAGAGGAUUUAACCUAAAAGCAUACAGAAAUGCAGCUGAAAUUGUUCAGUAUGGAGUAAAAAAUAACACCACUUUUCUUGAGUGUGCCCCCAAGUCUCCACAGGCAUCUAUCAAGUGGUUGUUACAGAAAGACAAAGACAGGAGGAAAGAGGUCAAACUGAAUGAACGAAUCAUAGCUACUUCACAAGGACUCCUUAUCCGCUCUGUUCAGGAUUCUGACCAAGGAUUGUAUCACUGCAUUGCAACAGAAAACAGCUUCAAGCAGACCAUAGCCAAAAUCAACUUUAAAGUUUUAGAUUCCGAAAUGGUGGCAGUUGUUACAGACAAAUGGUCUCCAUGGACCUGGGCCAGCUCUGUAAGGGCUUUACCCUUCCAUCCGAAGGACAUCAUGGGGGCUUUCAGCCACUCAGAAAUGCAAAUGAUUAAUCAGUACUGCAAAGACACUCGGCAGCAGCAUCAACAGGGAGAAGAGUCUCAGAAGAUGAGAGGGGACUACGGCAAGUUAAAGGCUCUCAUCAAUAGCCGGAAAAGUAGAAAUAGGAGGAAUCAGCUGCCAGAGUCAUAA